UGAAUAGGGAUAUCCUCAGCUUAGCUAGACAGGCAGGCUUUCAUGAGCUGGAAUCAGAGGAUAUUGAGCAAGUCCUUGGAGGAUUUGCAACAACUAGCAGAACACAGUCCCGUUGAAGAUGACGAAGAAAUAACACAACGAAUGCAAACUACCAAGAGGAUGGCAGAAGCAUUCAACAUAAUUCAGCAAGGAAUGCAAAUCUUCGUUGAUGACGACCCAAACAGAGAAUGUAGCUCAAAGAUUCAACUCAGCAUUGAUGACAGGCUUGCUUGUUACAAUGAGAUCUACAAGGAGAGGAAGAGGAUCAUUAAGCAGUCAAAGCUGAAUUCUUAUUUAGUCGCCGGAAGGCAGCUACAUCUUCACAACAGCCUGCAAGCGAGGAGGAGCAAACAGCAUCCGAGGAACCUCAGUCAGGGCGGGAGGAUGAGGCACCAGCCGUGUCCCAGUGACUCCCCACCUUCCUCCUCCACUCCACCCAUCACCUGGCGUUGUCUGCAUCAACCCUGCCACCCUCACAGCCUGCCUCUCCCCUUCACUCCACCAAUACAAAUUAUUCACAUUCUGGAUGCUCUCGGUCCAAAGGUCUUAAAGGAGGAGCAGUAAUAUCUUUGUAUCAUUACUGAGGCCUCUACAGCAGGUAAGAAAUGUACACUUUUUAUACAUUAAUAACACUGCAAAUUAUUUUGUUCCCAUUAUGUUGAUAUUACACUUAUGACUGGGAUAAAUUAUAUAUUCUUCCUAGUCAUAAAUUUGUUACAGGAUAACUUAAUAUUCAGUAUGUACGCUUGUUUCAUUCACAGUGUUGUGUGUCAGGCGUGCGUUCGUGUUGAUGGCGCAAUGGUGGUGGUAAGGGCCGUGCGAGGCCGGCAGCAGACGAUGGGUCGCCCGCUACUGCAUUCUAGUUGACUUCCCUAACAUCACACCACAUUUACUUGCUUCUCAUUUAAUUUAUUUAUGAUUAACACAAAAUACAACUGUAUAAAGUACCUGUACAUACCCAUGUAUUAUUUAGGGGGCUUAAAUAAUUUUUUUCUAA